UGGCGGCCCUGUGACCACACAGACUCUGCAGUCUGCUCUAAGACCGUGUUGGGCUUACACGCUCUCUGCUGCAGCUUGUUCUCUGAAAGCUCCCGCGGCAGAAAAAUCAGAGUGAUCCAAAAGCUUGCACGAGUGCUGCUAAGAUACAGUGGCGCCAAGUUUGUGCAAUAAAGGUAGUCUGAAGCUUAUGCACAGAGUAAUUAAAACUGUGAUUUACUGAACCAAGCAUGACACGGUAAGUGUGCCUCUAGGACAUCUAGCGUUGGAAUAGGUUUUCCUGGCGUCUGCUGACAAUUUCUGGACGCAAGAGUCGCCGUAACGCGUGUUAAUCUCCUGGUUCAUUGACUGCCUCCUUACAUCGGUAAGCAGACGUGAACAGAGACAACUUCUGUUUGUGUCACUCUCAGUCUGCAGUGCCUUCAGUGACUCCCAUGAUCCAGUGUUCGUACGCAAGGCAAAAGUGCACAACAUUGCCACUGCAGCACCGUCAAGAACUCUACAUAACCACCAGCUGCAAACUCUGCCUGAUCACUGGGGUACUGGCUGCCGACCCGUCGUCAGGAAAUGCCAAGACACCUCCAGCCCUCACAAAAAGUUUCCCCGGCAGCCCCAGAGACAGCGGCUAUUGACCAGACAACACCAGUUCCGGUACAGUGCAUCUCUUGCCUCCCAACUCCCGAGCACGCUGUUAAUGUUGUUAGCACUGUACUGCUGCCUUGAUUGCUGGCAGUACUGUACUGCUGCGUUGAUUACUGCCAGCACUAUAGUGCUACGUUGAUUGCUGCCAGCAAUGUAUUGCUGCGUUGAUGUUGCUAGCGCUGUGCUGUUGCACUGAUGAUCUCAUCACUGUCCUGCUGCGGAAUGCAAACGCUGGGAAAAUUUUAAAACACGAGAAAAAACAAAGGCCUGGUGGGUCAGCUUCCUCUCGGUGCCAGUCUUGAGGCACACAGCAUCCGGGAGCUGGGCUGGCUGAGUGACGUCAAAUCUACAACACACAUACGAAUACGUAUGAGCAAAAAGGAAUAAUUUUAUGCAAGAGAUCAACCAGAGCCUAAUUUUCCAGCUAGUUUUGUAUAUGGAUUUCAUAAUCAUCGUCUUGAAGGGGGUUUAUCUAAGUUACAGAAAGAUGAGAUAUAAAAAGUAAGGUGAUAGAGGAAUAAAAGGGACACUCGGCAUCUCGAGCGACGGUUCUUUCCCACGCAGGCGCUCUGAGUUCCGAGGUGAUCUCGACGCGACAGCCCGUUGCGAGCUGCCAGUUCAGUGUCGACCGUGGAGAUUGCUGUCAGCCGCAGCUGGUCCCUGCCACUUUUACUUCAAGCAGGGACUUGUGAUCUCGCUCAGCUGUAUCAGCGCUCUCUCCACGGCUCGGGGAUUCUCUUAACGCUCUACUUGUAAAAUAAGUGAUCAAAUUUAAAGUGAUUAAUCCUGGAGUGUAAUUUUAUUGACAUAUCAAGACCAGAUUGAGUACCAGAAAGUUUUUAAGAAUUUCCUUUAUAUCAAUGGUGACUCAAGGCUUUGGUUGCAACUGCCAAAACCCGACAAGAGAAUAUAUUUUCAGAAAAUCAUAGGCAAAGACGUGUAUAGGCUUUUAGAGUUAAACGGAUAAAACACACAUAAGUGCCUUAACUUUAUAAUUUUGCCAUGGCUCCUAAUAUAGCUAUGAAAGAUAUAUGGGAAGCAAGCGCGGAUUCUAGUCUAGAUACACUGGAGGUACCAGAACCAGUGGUAGCAGACGUGCCAGAGGUAUUUCUCUCUCACCUUCCGCAGCACUUUCAGAAUCCCGACAGCCCUAACUUGUACAUUCAGCAGCAGCAUGAGUCUCUCAGGACAACACAGCAAGAGACAACCAAGACCCAGGGCACCAGCAUCAGGUCGACGCUCCGAGCCUACAGACCUACCAGUGAAACCACCACUCCUGAGGUGUCGAGGGAACCAAGCAGCUCGACACUCUUUGAAGAUAUUGCUCGUGUGACUAGCGCGAAUGUUGCUAACAAAGACCGUAGACUUCGUCCACAAGACAAUGUUACACCAAAGCCGGAGGAAGCAGCGGUGUCUAGCGUUCCCCAGGACUCUAACAACAAAAAGCCUCCUGGCACUGAAACUCCCGAGAGCUCAGAACCAGUCAGUAACCAAACUUUUACCAAAGAACCCGUUUUCAGGACGGCAAAGGACGAAUCUGGAAGGGUGACCCAAGGCCUAGCUCAGUCGAGACCUUCUACCAGCACUCAGAGGAUAGAUCCCGGCGUGCUCAAGCUCCCGGGUCACGAGCCCGAGGCCCCAGCUGACCUGGUACUCGUCCACCACGAACGAGCAAUUGACACUCGCAACCAGACAGGUCUUAACGGGAUAUUCGUGAGGGACGACACCACAGCCAUCACUCCAGAAGGAGCCACAGCACUGAUACUGGUGGGGAUCUGCACGGUGUUCCUCGUCUUCAUCUGCCUUAUCUUCUUUAUUCAGAAGGUCCGUCGACAAAGGCUAGAGAAUAAGGUUGUGCAAGAUUCCGAUGUUAAGCCACAGACCAUGUACGAUGCCACUGGCUACACUUCUCACCACCCGAACCCUCUCUCCCUGCUGCCGCCAGCACUCCUGCACGCCCUCGCCAGCCUCACCCUGUCCACCCACGGCAGACCUGACGAUCACAUCCCACCCUCCUUCCUCACCAUGGAACCUCCCCUGUCUAGCAACAGUCUCGGGCGACUGUGGUUCUCAGUCCACUACGACUACGUCGAGUCUACUCUGGUCAUACGAAUUCUCCAUGCCAGGUACACUAAAGGGAGAGGGUCGAGCACGAAGCCGGGUGAUGUGUGGGUGGAGGUGUGUGUUCUUACACCUAUGAACGGAGUAAGGGGCUCCACUAACACUGGCACCCGCAGAGCCAGCUCAGCGCCAGUCUUCAACCAGACCUUCAGGUUUAAGGUCGGUGAUGAAGAAGUAACUCAGUUCCUGCUCCGCCUCACCAUGUACGACCGACACCCGCAGACAGGAGAGAAGGCAGUAGGCUCUGUCAUCGUUCCUUUGAGCACAGUCGACCUCUGCUCUAAUGAAACAAUAUCCAGAGAACUACAAUAAGUAACUGGAAGCAGACACGUAGAACACUGCCUGUCCAGAAAUGAAUGAUCCAUGAGGGAAAUUUGAGUAAUGGUUUUCUCAGCAAAGACAAUGGUUAUUCGGGUUAAUAUUUACGUCGGGUUUCAUUUCCUCAACUUAAUCAAACCCAAAACAGUGAUUCUUAUCGUUCCUCAAAAACUACAUAUAAGAUACCAUACGCACAAAGAUCUCAGCUUUACAAUCGACGUGACUUUUAAACAAGUUCAUCCUCAUCAUUAUUCUGACUGAUGACCAUAAAACAAAGAGUGAAUCUCUAAUAGUGUUUAAAGAUUAAUUUUUUUAUGCUCAUGUUUAGUGAUAUGAAGGUUUAAACAAAGUAUUAUUUAAAUCGGAAAAGUUUCAGCGUUUUUUUUUUCUUAUAGAAAUUUUAUGAAGAUCAUGAGGUUAUUUUCCAAACCGGAACUGUAAUGUGUAAAUGGUUCCUAAAUUUUUUAUUAGGGUUAAAAAUCUCUAAGUUUGUGCAAUAUUGCUUGGGAUACAAAUCAUGUACUUAUCUGGGUAAAGUUUUGUGUACACUUUAAUUUUCUUCGAAUGUUCUGUUUGUAACCAUUUUUGUUCCUCUUGGCAUUGCCCAAAGAAUAUAUAGUCUGCAAAUGUGAUAUAUGAAUUUCUGA